GCUAAUCUAAAGUUAACGGCGCUUAGGUGAUAGUUCAUACUGCGCCAUCUCAUACUAAGAUCAGGUCUAUACGAAUUUAAAAUAUACGGUUCCUGUUUUCGAUUAGUUCUUACUAACUUCACUAUUGUCUUGGAAACCUUAGAACUAUAGUAGCUUAGUCAAAUUUGACUUUGCACUAAUUUUUGUAUGGACUGUCUACGUACUUGUUGCCUAAUAGGACCUAAUUAAUAUUUGGAUUACCUAUGCAAUGGCGCAUACAGCUCUGCAGAAUUCAAAUAAUCCUUAUGCAAGCGGAAGACUCGUAAGACGAAGCUCACAAGACCUCGGUUUGCAGAUUGAGGUUUAUGAAGGUUAUUACGAAUUCCUCCGACGUUAUACACUUGGUGAACGUUUUGGAUCGGGUGGAUUUGGUCAUGUUCAUCAUGCUAGGCGUACAUCUGACAAUAAAGAAGUUGUAGUGAAAGAAGUCCGAUCAGAUAAAGUUCCAUGUUGGUGUUUGUUGGACAAUCAAUUAAUGCCAAUUGAAGUUGUACUUCUAGUUAUGUGUCAAGGUUUACCUGGAAUAGUUAAUUUAUUAGAUGCCUUUAAUUUUGGUCAAUCUUGGGCAAUUGUUAUGGAUCAAGUCUCUAGUACAACGUGUGAUAUGUUUGAUUAUAUUGGUGAACGUGGAAUGUUAUCAGAAAGUGAAGCUGCUUUUUAUUUUCACCAAUUAACUGGUAUAUUAUUAUCAUGUCAUAAAGUUGGUGUAUUGCAUCGAGAUAUUAAAGAUGAAAAUAUUCUGAUUAAUCGUACAACAAAUGAAUUGGUACUUAUUGAUUUCGGUUCUGGUGCAUUCUUGGAAUCACGUUUGUAUACAGAUUUUGAUGGCACCCGUGUUUAUAGUCCGCCUGAGUGGAUUUUAAAUAAUCGAUAUCAUGGCAAACAGGCUGAAGUAUGGUCUUUAGGUGUACUACUCUAUGAUAUGUUAUGUGGUGAUAUCCCUUUUGUUAAUGAUAAAAGUAUUAUCGGAGGGAAAUUGCGAUAUCGUAGAGACAAUAUAAGUGAAGCAGCAAAACAUCUUAUUGCGAGUUGUUUAAAUAUGGAUCCUUCUAAACGUCCAUCUUUGUUGGAAAUCCUUCAACAUCCAUGGAUGCAAGCCCAUCGACCUCAAACUGGUGCUAAAAUUCCACUAGCUUCUCAAAUAGCCUUGGAUGCCUUGGAGAAGGGAUCAAACUCGGACGCUACUCUAAAUAUUUCAAAUUUAUCUGAUUUACAUUCUGUAGAAGUGCAAAGUUCAAGUCUAUCAAAUCAAAUGAUAUCUGGUUUUCCACAUUCUUGUUCCUUUACAAAUCCUUCCGUAGGUAUUGAUGACAAGCAUAAAAAUAAACAAACUAAUAGUAUUGACCACUCACAAACAAUUUUAGAUUCAAAUUCUUGUUCUUCCGGUAUGGAUAAUCGCUCAAGCCUUCAUUUUCAUAUCCCUUCAGGUACCACUGAAUUAGUAGGAUCAAGUAUUGGUUAUGCUUUCCAUGACUUUCUUAGAGAUGAGGUUUCGAUUGGUGAAUUUUCUCAAUCUCCUGUGUCUAGUAUAUCUCCUCAACUUGAAACAGCAUGGUCUAUUCCAAAUAGAAAAAUUGACGAACGAGUGGAUUUAAAUAUUCAGACAUUUCCUCCAGAUAGUAGAUUAUCAUGUCAACAAACAUCAUGCCCUGAAAUUAUACCGCGUCUUCAUUCCAAUGAGUCUGAUUCUAGCUCUGGCUAUUAUUCACGCUCUGAUUCUUUGUCAUCGAACGACGGGAAACAGCUCAUUUCAGCUGUAAAUGUUAGUAACUUACGCACUUGUUCAACUGCAAGUCAUAUGGCAUCCGUUAUGUCAGUUACUAAACCUGUCACAACAGCUGUCAAUGAUAAAUCUCCUUGUUCAACUGCAGUAUCCUCUUCAUAUUCCCGACUUCAAAAUAUAGAUCUUCCUGUUCAUUUACAUUAUUGGCGUUCAGGUAGUUCCAGUAAAACAUCUUCUGAUUCAUCGUCAUCUUACUCAUCUACGAAAUCUAAUUGUCUUGAUAAACAGCUCCGGCAAAUUAGUGAAAAUACACCAACCAUUCCUUACUCAUCUUCAUAUCUUAAUCCUUCUUGGUCCGUAAUUUUAAAUUCAUCUAAACCUACAUCCCAAAUGUAUUCACCUAAUACAACUCAUUCCAGUGUACCGUGUUCAGGUGUGACUGCAUAUUCCUCAACUACAAAUGCUAUAACAAGUUCAAAUACAGAUAUGGUAGACACAUUGAGUAGUCUGUUAUCAUCUUCAACUUCAAAAUUAAAUUCUUCUCUAUCAACUCACGAUUGGUUUCUAAGUGGUAAUAAUGUUGACAUGGAUCACGUAUGACUGUAAACAUUUUGUUUUUAAUGUACACAAUCAUUAUAGAAAAAAAAGUAAGAGAAAUAGUUAAAAGUCAAUACAUCUUAAUCUGUAAUGUACUCUUUCAGUAGGAAAUAAUCAAUACAUUGAUCUGAUUAUUUUAUAUUCACAGUACAUCAUAGAUUUAAAUGUUCCACGCUUUAAUUAUUGUUCUCGUUUUGUUUUUAAAUAUCAUAAUUAUGUACAUUUAUGUGUAUAAUGUACUAUGUGGUUGGUAACUUGUUAUCUUUGUAUCAUUAAAAUCAAAACAAUAUUUACAGAGUAAUGAUUAUUAUUAUUAUUAUUAUGCUAAAUUGGAAAAGUGGUAUUUGAAAUUCUCAAUCUUUAUUAUUAUAUUAUGAUUAUUAUUAUCAUUAUUGUUUUCAAUCAAUUUCGUGCUGUAGAAAAAUUUUCAAAACUGUGUUGUUUUCCUUUUGUUUAAUAUUAUUACUGUUAUUAUUACCCAUUAUUAUUACUAUCAUUAAUAAUUUAAUUGUUAAAUAUUCUUUAAAAUGUAUUUGUUUGGUUUUUGUUCAUGUCUUGAGAAUUUUAAUUACUUUGACAAUUUGUCACAUUAUGAUUAUGAUUAUUAUUAUUAUUAUUAUUUUUGACAAAAAUGGACUAACAACAUGUUUCUGAUUUUAUUUCUGAUAUUUUUCUCUUGUUCUUCUCAUUUACUAUGUACUUGUUUGUGUGUGUGUGUGUAUGUGUUUAAUGGCUUUAUGUACUCAUGAAAAUUGCUCACACUACUUAAUGGCCUUUAAAACUUUAUAUGCAUAUAUAUAUGCUGUAGUUUCAAAUCACUUUCGUUUAAACCCACUCUGCAGUGUACUCUUGAUUUCCAGUUACUUGUUUGAUAUAGUGUGGAGUGUACACCAAAAGUUCUGUACAUAUUAGAUCUGUUUUUUUCUUGUACAUACUUUGAGUAUUUUGAUUUUUCAUACACGUAAUUAAAUAAGGAUUGAAAUUC